UUUCCUCUCUAUGGUACUUCCUUAGCCCAGAUGGCCGCUGCCACAGCGGUCGUGCUCGCCGCAACUCUGGGCGGAGGGUUGCUUCUCAUCGCCCGGCGCCUCUGGUCGGCAGCUGGGAAGGUCACGCGGAGCGUGUCUGCUGCCUCGAUGGAAGGCAAGACCGUCAUCAUCACCGGCGCAAACAGCGGCCUGGGCCGGGCCACGGCGGCGGAGCUGCUACGGCAACACGCGAGGGUCAUAAUGGCUUGCCGGGACCGCGGCCGCGCAGAGGAAGCAGCGCGCGAGCUGCGUGCGGAGCUGGGCCUGUGCUCGCGGGGAGGGGGGGAAUGCCGCGGGGAGCUCCUAGUGCGCGAGCUCGACCUGGCCUCGCUCCGCUCCGUACGCAGCUUCUGCCACCAGGUGCUGCAGGAACAGCCAAGGCUGGAUGUCUUGAUCAACAAUGCCGGGAUAUUCCAGUGUCCCUACUCAAAGACAGAGGAUGGUUUUGAGAUGCAGUUUGGUGUCAACCAUUUGGGCCACUUCUUACUCACCAAUCUCCUCCUGGGGCUUCUCAAAAGCUCCACCCCCAGCAGGAUUGUAGUGGUUUCCUCCGCCCUUUACAAAUACGGUGAGAUCAACUUUGAUGACUUGAACAGUGAGCUGAGUUACAACAAAAGCUUUGCUUACAGUCGGAGCAAACUGGCUAACCUCCUCUUUGCCAGGGAGUUGGCCCGACGCUUGGAAGGCACCGGAGUCACUGUCAAUGCCCUCCAUCCCGGUAUUGUCAGAACAAAUCUAGGCAGACACAUACAUAUUCCGUUACUGGUAAAGCCCCUCCUAAAUUUGGUGUCUUGGGCUUUCUUCAGAACCCCAUUGGAAGGAGCCCAGACAUCUAUUUACUUGGCCUCCUCUCCUGAAGUAGAGGGGGUUUCUGGGAAAUAUUUUGGGAACUGCAAGGAGCAGCAACUACUGCCUAAAGCCAUGGAUGACUUAGUGGCAAGGAAACUGUGGGAUAUCAGCGAAGUGAUGGUGGGGCUGCUAAAAUGAGUCCUCAAGGGGUAGGGUGGCAUAUAAAUAUAAUACAUAAAUGAAUGCCUAGGGAAAGCACCGAAGUUUGCGUACGUUAUUUAUUUUGAGACCUUACCAUUUCCUGCCUUGAUUGCCCUUUCCCUGUUGAGAUGUGGGAAGCACAGUUUUGUUUCUAUGAUUGGGAAGCAUAAUAGCGACCAGAGUAGGAUAUGUGUUUGUAUUUUUUUAAAAGAAACUAUUCUUGGUAUCAAAAUAAUGUAAUAUUUGAAGAGAGUAUAAGAAGAAAUCCAGUAUAUUUCUGAUCCUAGAAAAGAACUAGCUGUUCAAAAAAGGGAAAUAUGUCUGGUUUCUAAUAUGUAUGCUGGCCUUUCAGAGCUUCAUGUCUGAAUCAGCUGUGCAUGACACUGUGUUUGAAGUAUGUGGUAUCUUCAUUUCUGUAAUCUUAGAGGAAUGUUGAGUAGAUGGGGGGAGGGAGAGAAAUGUCUUGUGAGCACAAUGUGUGCAUCUGCCUGCUUUGGUGAGCAAACCCAGCUAUAUAUACACAGAGAAUGUGGGAAAACCUGACUUAACAGAGAAGUAUCACCAUUGCACACUGGUUCACUAGAUGUUUUUUGGAGCAGAAUCUGGAAUACAGGUGAACAUUUUAAAGUCUUAUACGGGGUACAGGUGAAAAAAUAUACAUUUCCACCUGUUGUUUCCUCAUUGCUACCCCUGCUCUUUCUUUUAAAAAAGAGCUCUGUAGAGACAACUAGAGCUUUUCAAUCAGGUGUACUUUCUGGACAUCUCAAAUGUUAGCCUAAAUCUUUACAUCUAUUAAAUGGCAAGGCUAAAGCCUGCUGCACUGAAAACACCCAAGGCCAGGUGUGGGAAAACCAUUUUACAUCUGUCAAGUCUGCACUUAUUAAAUAGAUGAUUUGUGUUUCCCAAAAUCAAACAGCCAGGACUUGGCAAGCCCACUGAGUCUGUGGCCCUAAGCAGCAUAGCCUAUAAGCCUAGCUGAAAUGGAUAGACUUUGCUUUAAUUUCAGAUAUGUACGAAUGGACUGUGGCACGGAGGCCCUUCACAAAUGCAAGAGUUCACCUGCCCAGAGCCAUCACAGGAAUGCGUAUUCCUAAGUCCCAAAACCUUCAGAGAAAGAAGUUUUGAUAGUGUAUUAAUAGUUGCGAAUUGAAUACCACAUUAAAUCAGACACUGAGAGCUUAGCCUCUGUGCAUUUAAUCAGAAAUAAGUGAGGUCACUGAAAAAGUAUGUGUAAACUACGAGCCCCAAACCACCUAAAGCUGCCAUCUGUUACUCAUUAUAGUACUACCAAGUUGUUUCUGCGGCCUCAAUGAGCGUGCUUCUAUUUGACAACUUACUGCUGUUAAAUUCAGUGGGUUGGGUCCCAAGGUGCACUUAUGUGAACGGAAGGCAUUUCCACACACACGUACAAAUACAGGGGGCUGCAAUUUCCACUAGAUCACCAUUCAAGAUGUAGGCCCCCCCCUCCCCCCAUAUUGUGGGCUGCAUUGCUCCUGACCCUCAAGGGUAGCUUUUAAGAGGGUGGAGGAGAGCUCCAGAAACAGGGGAAAGCAAGAAAGAUUGGUCAUGCGGGUGGACUGCUGCUUGCAGUUCAAUACCACAGAACUAACACUGAUCCUCUGUGUGUUCUGAGAAAAUAUGUGCUGUGCGAUUAGGACCAGUGUGUAAAUGGCCUUGAGUGGUUUCAAGCUUCCUGCUGAAUGUAGCCAAAGUCUUCCUGAGCCAUUCCAUUGGACGUUGGUAUCUAGGUUUGGGUGCUGGUUUGGUAGCAUUGGCAUGAUUUUUGUAUGUAUAUAAAAUUUAUAUAUACACGUGUAUGAACACACCUACACACCUAAAUGUGUCUAAACUAGACUUGUGCCAGUUAACAAAUUCUGUAUUUUGAUUCUCAGCAGAAGGUUUAGUUUCAUAAAUGUGCCUCAUUUAAAAAGAAUAUAUCUUAAACGAAGAUAUCUCUGAAAUUAAAAAAUAUAUAUAUCAGAA